CUCUUCAGAACUUCUCCUCAUUCAUUCCCAUUUGCUUUAAUUCUUUUCUUUUAGUUUCAAGUCUUGCUUACCGACAGUAGCAAUGGGGCAACUAUUGUAUACAAUGGUGAUGGUAAUGACAAUAAUUUUGAAGUUUCAAAAUCUCGAAAGAGUAAGAGGAGAGCCGCAAGUACCUUGUUACUUCAUAUUCGGUGACUCAUUGGUCGAUAAUGGUAACAAUAACGAACUUGGAUCUCUUGCUCGAGCUGAUUAUCCGCCUUAUGGUAUCGAUUUUCCUGAUGGACCGACAGGAAGAUUUUCUAAUGGGAGAACAACUGUUGAUGUUAUUGCUGAACUUCUAGGGUUUGAUGAUUACAUUCCUCCAUUUUCCGCUGCAAGAGGUCAAGACAUACUUAGAGGAGUAAACUAUGCAUCAGCAGCUGCUGGAAUUAGAGAGGAAACAGGAAGACAACUGGGAGAUAGGAUUCCAUUUGCAGGGCAAGUAAAUAAUUACAGAAGAACAGUAUCACAAGUGGUGCAGUUGCUUGGAGAUGAGAAUUCAGCAGCAAAUUAUUUAAGCAAAUGCAUUUACUCGAUUGGACUAGGCAGCAAUGAUUAUCUCAAUAACUAUUUCAUGCCUACUUUCUACAACACUGGCAAUCAAUUCACCCCAGAACAGUAUGCUGAUGAUCUUAUCCAAAGAUACAGCCAGCAAAUUCAGAAUUUGUACAACGACGGAGCUAGAAAGUUGGCGUUAAUUGGAGUGGGAGCAAUAGGUUGCAGCCCAAACGAGUUGGCUCAAAAUAGCCCUGAUGGAAGAACAUGUGUGCAAAGAAUCAACUCAGCAAACCAAAUUUUCAACAACAAACUGAGAUCUCUGGUUAAUGAAUUCAAUAACAAUUUCAAUGAUGCAAAAGCCGUUUACAUCAAUGCUUAUGGCAUCUCACAGGACCUAAUCAAUAAUCCUUCAGCUUACGGAUUUCGAGUGACAAAUGCAGGAUGUUGUGGAGUUGGGAGAAACAACGGACAAAUUACUUGUCUACCGGGGCAACCACCAUGCCAGAACAGAAGAGAAUACGUGUUUUGGGAUGCUUUUCACCCAACUGAGGCUGCAAAUAUUGUCAUCGGGAGGAGAUCAUACAGCGCACAAUCUGCUUCGGAUGCUUAUCCCUUUGAUAUUCGUAGGCUCGCCCAACUUUAGGAUAUAUCAAUUUUGUGUAUCAAAAGUAUUCUUGUUGUAUUACAUAUAGUGUGUCAUGAGUGUUUUUGUUAUGCUAUAUAGUUUUGUUCAUGUCAUAGUAAUAUAUUUGAGAGGUAAUCGUGAAAUUUCAUUUCAUUUGGAUGUCUAUUAAUUAUAAGAGUAAGUGCAUAUAAAUUUUU